UGUACUAAUUAUAGGAUGGGACUUAAGUUGAACGGCAGAUACAUUUCUCUGGUCCUUGCAGUACAACUAGCAUACCUGGUGCAAGCAGUCAGAGCAGCGGGCAAGUGCGAUGCGGUCUUUAAGGGCUUCUCGGACUGUGUGCUCAAGAUGGGCCAUAACAUUGCCAACUAUCCGCAAGACCUGGACGACAAGAGAAAUCUUGAAACAAUAUGCCGGUACUGGGACGAUUUCCACGCCUGCACCCUCACAGCCCUCACGGAUUGCCAAGAAGGGGUGACAGACGUCUGGGAAAAACUGAAAGAGAAAUCCAAAAAGCUCGACUACGAAGGCAAUUUGUUCGUCCUCUGCAGCAAAACGAAGGGGGCAGCUUCGUCCGUGGCGGCCUCCGCUUCCCUCCUGCUGCUGCUGCUGGCUCUCUCGGCCACGCUGGCGACUUACUUUUGCUUCGUGUAG